AUGCGCUUGUCUCUUAUUUCCAGCCUAGUGCUUCCGCCCCUGGCCCUGGCCCAGACCGUCAACAUCACGAAGACGGAGGACGUCGACCUAGCAAGCAAGACUGGUGAGCUGGGCUGGGGCGCGGAUAGCCUAGCUUUUGGGUACUCGGCCGGCGCAGGGCUUAACUUUUCCUCCGUCGUAGACUUCGUUGGGGGCGGCUUCAACGCUGGUGUCCCGGGACUUUCCGAAGGGGCACUCGGUGGCGGGUGGACGCUGACGCACUCGACGGUUGAGUUCGGCCUGGGUGGUGUCUUCAAUAAUCAGAGCUUUAACAUCGCAGUGAGUGGAGACAAGAAGACCGGGCAGCUCAUGGCCACGGUCAACAGCAAGACUGUUGCGUUGUAG